AUGUUGGAAACAUACUUGAAUAAAAUCCCCGUAUCGACUACAACCCAGGCGUUGCUGUUGGGAGUAACUAUUGGAGCUAUAACAUAUACACUAUUCAAAAAGAAAACUAAAAUUCCACCGGGGCCUCGGCCAUUACCCUUGAUUGGAAAUCUGUUGUUGUUGAAUUCGUCCGAACCACUUUUUAAACUUUUGUUCAAAUGGAGAAAAGAAUAUGGUUCAAUCAUAACACUAUAUAUGGGUAAUUUCUUUAAAAUGAUUACACUGAACAAUGCCGAUGUUGUAAAUGAUGCGCUUGUCAAAAAAGGUGGUGAUUUUGCCGGAAGAAUGCAUUUACAUUCACUGGAAGUAAUUUCGGAAGGUUACAAGAGUAUUGCAAUGGCAGACACGACAUAUGCUUGGAAAUUACAACGGAAAUUAUCGUUGCAAGGUUUAAGACAAUAUUUAUCCGGCAACAAAUUGGAAGAGAAACUACACGAGUCUGUAUCCAGAACUAUUCGAUUAUUGAAAGAAAAAGAAAAUGAACCAGUUUCCAUUUUGAGCUAUAUUAGUUUAACUGUCUUUAAUUUGUUAACUGGGGUCUGCUUUAGUAAAAGUUAUGAAAUGGGCGAUAAGGAAUUUAUCGAAUUAGUAUCAGAUUUUGACACCUUUAGCACCGAGUUUGGCAAUGGUCUUUGGGAAGAUAUUGUACCAUUACUGAAAUAUUGGCCAACUAAAAAAUACAACAGACUAAUGAAGAUGUUCAACAGUUUUUUGGACGUAAUGUAUAAAAACUAUCAUGAACAUGUUCAAAGCUUUUCAGAAGAUAAUUUGAAAGACUUUACUGACUUUAUGAUCUAUGCCAAGAAACAAGCUGCUGUUGAUGAUCCCAAUAUCGAAAACAUCAUAACUGAUACACAUAUAGUACAGACAAUAGCAGAUAUAUUUGGAGCCGGAGUUGAUACAUCGAGACAGACUAUAGUAUGGACACUUUAUCUACUCGCCGAAAAUCCUGAAAUACAGAAAAAGGUUCAGUCUGAAAUUGAUGAAAUCCUAGAUUUAAAUCAAGCUCCAAGUGUUAAGGAUAGGUCCAGCUUACCAUACACCGAAGCCGUGCUGCAUGAAAGUAUGAGGAUUUGUCCGGUUGCUCCUUUAAGUGUACCGCAUACUUCCCAAUGUGAUACAACUUUAGGUGAAUAUGAAAUACAAAAGGGAACAACAAUCUUGAUAAAUACUUGGGCCUUGCAUAUGGAUCCAGAGACUUGGGGUGAUCCCGAAGUAUUCAGACCAGAAAGAUUUUUGGAUGAAGAUGGAUCUCUAGCUCCCAAAACCAUGUCCUGGCUACCAUUUUCAGCAGGACGACGAAACUGUUUGGGUGAAACCAUUGCUAGACCAGAGUUGCAUUUAAUUUUGGCAGUGCUUUUGAGAAACUUCACCUUUGAUAAAGCAGUAGGUCCAUCUGGAGAAACUUGGACAAUGGAACCUGCUUCCGGUGGUUUUACAUUCUUGCCACCAGAUAACUACAUGAAAAUCCAAUCCAGAAAAUAG